AUGAUGUUGCUGCUGCUGUUGCAGUUGCUUGCCACAACACAGGCGACACCGUCGCCCUCAUCCAUGCAGACGCCACAGAAGAGAGGUGGCAGUGGCAGCGGCGGUGGCGGUGGUGGCAGCGGUGGCGGUGGCAGCUCAUCGGACAUAUCCAAAGAUCAUUGCAAUAAAACGGUGGACAUAUUCGAGGACAUCAGUUCGCCAGAGGUCAGCAAUCAGAAUGUGGGACGACCCCUCACCUGCUGGUAUCGCUUUCGUCCCCUCAAGGGCUCCCCCCGCGACUUUGUGCUCCGACUGCGCUUCAAGAAGUUCAAGGUGGGGCAAUUGCUCAAUGCCACCCACUGUGAGGGUGGCUACCUCCAGAUUGUCGACGGCAAUGCCAAAACAGACGUAUCCAAUCGCCGGGAGCCGGGAAUGUUCUGCGGGGAAGCGGAACAGCCUCAGACCUUCAUCAGUGAGACGAGCUAUGUGAAGGUGCUCUUCCAUACGGAUAACUUUACGGAUCAGACCUACUUCACAUUCGAUUCACGCGCCGAGCAGCAAACCGAAGUCUAUUUACGCUAUGGCCAACAUCCGGAAUUAUAUCCAAAUCGUCGUGGCGAAGUUGUGCAAGGUUCGUACUGCGAGCGGGAAUAUCGCGACUGCCGUCUCCAGACCUGCUAUGUUCAGGCCCCGGCGUAUCCUGGCCUGUAUCCUCGAGCCCUCAACUGCCGUUAUAAGCUGCACACGCGACAGCCGUACAUCAAAUUGUAUCUGCAGAACGAACAGUUUGCGGUCGAUGGCCAAAGAUGCGAGAAUGUGAUGACCUGCCCCAUUAGGCCCAUUGGAUCCGGGAACGAGCAUUGUCCCUACGAUUGGUUAGCUGUCUAUGAUGGCCGCGAUGAGCACUCGCCGUUGAUAGGCAAAUUCUGUGGCCUGGGCAAGUUUCCAUUCAGCAUUAUUGGCACAUCACAAUACAUGUACGUGGAGUUUGUUACAUCACCGGCGGGUCCGUUGCUCAACACUGGCUUCCAUUUCAAUGUUGGCAACUGGCCAGGUCAUGUGGAGACUGCCGGAAUCAAGCACGGCGUCUGCGAUUGGUUGCUCAGCUCCGAUUCGCUGAAGGACAGCAGCGCCAGCGAAGGGAUCUUCCUCAGCAUCGCCCACUGGUAUCCGCCAAACACAUCCUGCAGCUAUCACAUCAAGGGACAUCCCGGCGAGAUUGUACGACUCUAUUUCCCCAGUUUUCGCAUCAAUCGCAUUGAAUCACCGAUACUGAAAUACGAAGGAGACUGUGGAGAAUCGUUGACCAUCUAUGAUUCGGAUCACGCGGAUCCGGCCCGGAUCAUUAAGACCUUCUGCGACACCUUCUCUCGGCCGAUGGAGAAGGUGGAUUUUGUGAGCACGAGUCCCUCGCUGUACGUGCAGUUCGACUCGAAGACGGGCAGCUAUAGCGGCAGCUCACUGUACUACUGGGCGCACUACGAUUUCUUUAACAACACACGCUUCGGUGAUCCCGUGCCCAACACGCUCUGCGACGAGGUCAUGUACGCCUGGAAGCAUCCCGGCGGACGACUGCGCUCCCCGCUCAACUCGCUGAUCUUCAAGCGAACCGGCGGCAGCGAUGUGCGGUGUCAGUACAAGUUUGUGACGGAUCGACGGCUCUACGCCCGGGCCAUUAUCGAGGUGAACUCGGUGUCCUUCAAGGAGCUGCCGUACAACAGCAAUGCGUGCACCCGCUGCCACGAGGAGCGUGUGGACAAGCUGGUCAUCUGGGAGGAGCGGGACAAGUUCCAGAAUAACUUGGCCUGCUUCUGCGACAACAUUCCCAGAGCUGUGCGAGUCAUUUCCUCUGCGGACCAGAUGAAUCUGGAGAUGAUUGUGCAGGGUCAGCAUGCGAUAACCUCGUACUUUAAGAAUCCCAAUCCCCUGUUCGAGGCCACCUAUGAGUUCGCCCAUGGCCCACUCUGUGGACCCAUCACCCUGGGACCCUCGCCGGAUGGGGAGCUCGUCUUUCCCUAUAAGAAGGCACUGGCCAUGGUGGCUGGACCCAUGGCACCUCCGGAGCAUCACUAUCGGCGGGAGAAGUGCAUCUGGGAACUGAAGGUGGCUGCCCAGCGGGAUCUUUGGCUGAAUCUGGAGAAGGCUCGGUUUGCGGAGCGCAGCUGUGAAAGCGCCAAGAUUGAGGUCUAUCUGGCGGGACGACUGGAGCCGCGCUUUGUCGUCUGUCCGGAUAACAUAUCCCUGGCCAGGGAUUUGCCCAUACUGACAACUGCGGAGCUGGGCGCCACGGGCGCCGAUCAGGAGCCGCUGCCGGUGCUGAUCCAGUAUACGGGAGACGGUCAGCCGGGAAAGAACAUCUUUCGACUGGUCUGGACCGAGCUGUUCCACUUGCCCCGCAAUCCCGACGGUAGUCUGGCCGCGUCCCUGUUGCAGGAUGGCGCCUGUGACUUCCGCUGUCCCGGGGACACGCAGGUCUGCAUCCCACGCCAUUUGCUCUGCAACGGCAUCGCCAACUGUCCCAAUGUGACGCACACCUCGACGCUGGCCCAACUAACGCGGCACAUUGAGUGGAAUCUGGAACAGCUCGGUCUGCUCCAUCACGCCGGCGAGUACAGUCAGCUCGUCCUGCACGACGAGUCCCCCGAGAUCUGCCUGAAGCGGGACUUAAGUGAGCUGCCCUACGGCAAACUGUCGCUCAUCGCACUCGGACUUUGUGCCAUGUUUGGUCUCCUCAUCGCCAUCCUGAGACGCAUGUGCCGAGGGACGCCCAAGCAGCCAGGGCUACAGCAUCUGCAGGAGGAUUACUAAUGACCCACUCGCACUCUCACUCACAGACAGUCCAGAGUAUCUCUGAUUUUAGCAACAUUCCGAACGCUCACUCAGUUUUGGCCUGGUCAAAAUACGUUUUGUCACACUGCCAUCCCUCAGUUUCCUCGACUUUCCCCCGACUUUCCCCCGACUUUCCCACGAUAAGCAAAGCAAACGAAACGUAUUUGCACUUUGUAAGUAGUUUUACAAUCUCAACUCUAUAUAUUGUACGAGUAUUUCACCCCUGAACGCGACAUGAAUAUUAAAUAUUAAUUAAUAUAAUUAUACGAUAUUAACUCGAACAUAUAAAUGUUUAAAAAACACAAGAACAAAUGAUUAACUGCCCUGAAUAAAUUAAUUAAACGUAAACGUAAACGUAAACGUAAAAUUGUCACGUGAUAAUUGUUGGAAAAAAUAAUAACAAACAUAACAAUUAA